ACAAAAAAACCCCAGAAAAGUUCUGAAUUCUGGAGAACUCCAUCUUAGCUUCCAGUUGUGCGCGGCAGAGCGAGUCCCCCUCAUCAAGAAGCCGUCACGCCUGCUUAAAUGUAAUGACUCUACUGCAGUUUGUGGCUGCAUGAAGAACAAAUGUCUCUCUCUCCCCACUUCUGAUCUUCAGCCUCUGUCCUUCCACUCCUGAGAAGACAAGGAGCUUUUUGUACACAGGGGAAAAUCACAGGACUCACAUGCUUUGGAUGCGAGAAAGUGAGUGAUCCCGGCAGAAGAUAGACUCCCUCAGAUCAGAGGGGCUCAGCUGAAGAGCAGACUGGAGAAGAAGCUCAGAAGUGUGUGGAGGGACUACGAGAAAAAUGGAGAAUGGUCAGAUGGAAUCGGCAGAGAAGACGGAGGAGAUGCUGGAAGAAAUAAACCAAACUGUGGAAGGACCAACUCUGGAGCCCAGUCAGCUGCAGGGCCUGCUGUUGGAGCUGCGCGAGCUGCGCAGGAGGGACCACGAUUUGGAGGAGAAGCUGCAGGCCCAUCAGACAGACGCUGACGAUAAGAUAAUGAGCCUGAAGAACUCCCUCAACACUUUCAAGGAGGAGCUGGGUGUGGCGCUGUUCCACAUUAAGGAAGUCUCCAGCAGACAGAGGGACACGCAGAGGCAGGUGGAAGUUCUGCAGUCAGAGCACGUCAUCGCUCUUCCUCACAGGAAGAGCUCCAGGGCGGAUGUGCUGACCGCAGCUGACCAGCACAUCUGUACGCCCGGCCAAUCAGAGCUCAGCGUGUUCCAGCACUCGUUCCCCACUCUGCCGCUCAGCGAGUCUCCACAGAGGAGCACAAGCUCCACACAGACCUCCACCUCUGAACAGGAGGCGCAGCACCAGAGGAGCUGCUCCUCUAGGUCUCCUGUGUGGGAAGAGAGGAGCAGCAGGGAUGAGACGGACGUCCAGGAGAGUCCGCCUGAGAACAGUAAGAGGCAGAGGGCGGCUCUGGAGCUGCUGGAGUCUGAGCGAUUCUACGUCUCUCAUCUGUCACUCCUGCUGAAAGCUAACAUCUCCUUCAACGGCUCCGAGGCUCUGGCCUCCAAGGACAAACGUCCGUUUCCCAGCUCCUUAAGAUUCCUGAUCCAGCAGCACCUUGAGCUCCUCCACACACUCCAGGAGCGAGUGCUCAAGUGUCAGUGGAAAGGCAUCAUGGGAGAUGUAUUUAUGAGACUCACCAGCAAGGAGAGUGAUUUCCUGGACUUCUACGUGUCGUACCUGAAGGAACUUCCAGACUGUCUGUCCGUCGUCACCAUGCUGGCCUCCAGCUCCUCCAAGUCUUCGGCUUUUUUGGAGAGUGACAUCAUAGGAGACGAGUCCAAACCCUCCCUUCACACGUUGCUCCUUCAGCCUGUCCAGAGGAUCCCAGAAUACCUGCUGCUGCUCCAGGGCCUGCUGAGACAGACGGACGCCGAGCAUCCAGACUACUACCUGCUGGUGGUUUGCAUCCAGCAGUUCCGGGCCUUCACGGCGCAGUAUCAUCACCUGCUGCAGCACAACCAGGAGCUGCUGCUGCUCAACCGGAAGGAGGUGAAGAGGUCUACCAUGAAACAGCUGUUAAAGACAGUGGAGAGCGGGAUCCAAACCAACAACAUCUGCUCCCCGUACCCAGGCAGCGGUGCAAUGUUAGAGCACGCCAACAUGGUCCGGCGCAGGAAGCAGUGUCUGCUGGAGCAGAUCCAGGCCCACACUUUCCAGAACUGGGACUGCGACCAGGAUUCGGAAAACCGCUACGACACAGAGUGGCCGGCCCAGCUGCCUUUCUUCGGCUCCGAUCCAGAUUCCCGGAACCAGAAACAGACAGGCCUCGGCAGCAUCCCAGAGGCUGAAAUGUCUGCAUCAGGCCAGCACCACCUUCCAUCCAGAACUGCAGAGUUGCGUCAGGUUCAGCCCGGCUCGGCUCUGGCCGAUGCGCUCGGGGAGUUCCUCCUCCCUCCAGACCCCCCAGGGAUGGAAAAUCUCUACGAUGAGGACGGAGGGUCCCUUCAGGAUGCUCCUCUGUUUGACCGCUGCUCCUCCGCCUCCUCCGACUCCUCCAUCGACAUUGCAUUUGUGAAAUGCCCCAAAGGCCCUUCGGCGUUGCAUCACACCAUCGCAACAAACGCUCCCACAAACCGCAACGUCUUCGGCAACGGCGGAAAACAAGGUAACGGUGUCAGCAAACCAGCCAGCAGGGGCUGCGUUUCCCCUGAUGAAGCUGUGAUGACGCGUCGCAAUCUGCACCGCCCCCUUCAGGCCAGCCAGCGCAAGAGCAAGUCACUGAAUGGCCUGCAGAUGGAGAACACGGUGAGUCUGGACACUGGACUGUCUGUGGCAAUAGGCAGCCACGCCAAGCUGGAGCGUCAGGGCAGUAAGGGCAGCAAAGGAUGCUCCACUCCAUCACACAAAAUCCACACUCCGCUCAGUAACGCCGAUAAACAGAGCGCCGACCUUCACGGACUGCUCAGCAUUGACUCCAGUCUUCAGUCAUGGGGGGAUGAAUCCAAGUGGAGGAUGGAGGAGAACCACACCUCCUUCAGUGAGAGGAGUCGCAAGGACAAGGGAGGCUUCAGGAGCUCUUUCAAGAAACUCUUCAAGAAAAACAGGUCAGGUGACGAGAAGAAAGUGGGAGAAAAAACACCGGAACAUCAAAGCAGCGGUGAACACGACACACCGGGGAAAAAUCCCAAACUGAUCCACCUUGAGAUCAACCGCGGCACGGCGGUCUGACGUCCUCCUGCGCCACGGAGCAGCUAAAACGCUGAGUCACUCCAGGUUUCCUCCAAGCAUGUAAAAAAUGUUUGCAGCCUUCAAACUGAGAGAAAGCACUUAAGAUGUAACCAAAAAAAGCAAUGAUUUUCCUUUAUUUAUACAUUUAUACUUGCGUUUUCUUCACAACUAACACAUUUCCCAGUCUCUGCUCUUCAAACUGGACUUUGUCUGCAAGAUCUCAGGAAACACAAGGUUUCUACUUGAAUUCCUGUUACUGAUACACAACACUUAAGUUAAGGAAAUGCCGAUGAAAAUGUAUUCUGGAUUUAGAGUUUGAAAAAAGGACUAAAGCAAAAGAUGCAUAAACUUCUCCUUUGUGUUAAUGAAACAGGAAAUUAGACGCCUGAACUCAUGUUUUUGUUUUCCUGUCAAAAAAAACCUUUACAAUUUUAUAGUAACCUUCAAAACUUCUCUCUACUUACGAUGUUUAUAGUUUUUACCAGCUUCUUUCCUGAUUCACAUGUAUAAAAUACUGAAAAGGACUUGAUAAAAAUAAAUGCAGAAACAAA